UAUUUCAUUGGGACUCGUUACUAACGGGCGUCUGGAACGUUGCGUUAAAAAAGUUCACGCUUAAUUUUUAAUUAUUUUCACUCGUUAUUUUUUUCCCGUAGAAGUGUUUUGAGAUUGUAAAAUUGUACUUAAAAUGUUAAGGUAUCGUUGAAAGUUCGGUAUUAUGUUGUAACAAACACUAAAAGUAACUGUUUUAGUUAAUUUGUCAAUGACAUCAUAUUUACUUGCCGUGUUAUAAUUUUGUAAAUGCAUCGGAUGCUGUGCAGUCAAUGGAUUCGAAUAUUUUUCCACUGCCUCCUCUAGAUCAUUGUUAUAGACGAUAAAAUAAUAACAAACAUUUUUGGUAGUAUAUCACGGCCAUAAAUAUGCUAGGUUUUACGAAACAAGUUAGACAAUUUAUUUUAACUCACAGUAAACAUGCAUAUAUGAUGUCAUUGAACGCUUCAUCUUCCUAGCCUGUCUUCCUCCUUGUUUUUUAUAUUCGAGAUUAACAAUUAUAUAAUAAAAAUAAAUCCAUGACCAAAGAAAGAAAUCCAAAAACUUCGGAGACCUCCAGUAAAUCCAAAGAUCAAAAUGCAUUCGAGGAUGAAAGCGGCUUGGAUGCCGUAGACUGUUUGGGUGCUAGAGAUAGCCGGUUAAUUAAUAUCAAUGGCCUUCAGCGGUACAAAAGCUGCUCUAAUUGUAUAUCCACAGCUAAAUACAAUUUUAUAUCAUUCCUGCCAAUAUUUUUAUUCGAACAGUUUCGACGAUACUCGAACUGUUUUUUUCUACUUAUUGCUUUAUUACAGCAAAUUCCUGAAGUAUCACCUACUGGUCGGUUUACUACAUUAGUUCCAUUAUGUUUUAUACUAUUAGUUUCAGCAGUUAAAGAAAUUAUAGAAGACUUCAAAAGACAUAGAGCUGACCGAGAAGUUAAUCAUAGGAUAGUUGAAGUGUUAAGUAAUGGUUCUUGGUUACCAAAACGAUGGGACCAAAUAAAUGUAGGAGACAUUGUAAAGGUUAAAAAUAAUACAUUCUUCCCUGCUGAUCUUUUAAUAAUUUCUUCCAGUGAACCUCAAAGUAUGUGUUAUAUUGAGACAAUGAACCUAGAUGGCGAAACUAACUUAAAAAUUCGACAAGGUCUUCCAGAAACAGCAAAUUAUACUGAUCCCAAAGAUCUCAUUCAUUUAAAAGGCACUAUUGAUUGUGAACUUCCUAAUAGAUUGAUUUAUGACUUUGUUGGAAGUUUGAAAUUGACUGACCGUGUACCACUGCCUUUGGGACCUAAUAAUCUGUUACUACGUGGUGCUAUGUUACGAAAUACACCAUGGGUUUGCAGUAUUGUUAUAUAUACUGGUCAUGAGAGCAAAUUAAUGAUGAACCAAACAUCAGCUCCUUUAAAAAGGUCAACUGUUGACAAAAUUGUUAAUACACAAAUAAUAAUGUUAUUCUUAGUACUGUGUUCACUAUGUUUGCUCAGCGCAUUUUGUAAUAUUAUUUGGACUAAGUACAAAGGUUCAAAAGAUUGGUAUCUGCAAAUUGAUGAUAUUGCAACUUAUAAAUUUGCAUUCAAUCUACUCACCUUUUUUAUUCUUUUCAACAAUUUAAUACCUAUAUCGCUUCAAGUUACUGUUGAAGUUGUACGAUUUAUGCAAGCAACAUUUAUAAAUAAUGAUAUAGAAAUGUAUCAUGAAGAAAGUAACACGCCUGCAAUGGCAAGAACAUCAAAUUUAAAUGAAGAACUUGGAAUGGUGAAGUAUAUAUUUUCUGAUAAGACUGGUACAUUAACUAGAAAUGUAAUGGAAUUCAAACAUUGUUCGAUUGCUGGAAUUCUUUAUUUAGAAGGAGAAAAAGAAAUACUAUUAGAUAAUUUGAAAAAACAUUAUUCUAAAAAUCACAUUACAGAAUUUUUAAAUAUGAUGGCUGUUUGUCAUACAGUAAUCCCCGAAAAGAAGAAUUCAAGUGAAAUACUGUAUCAUGCUUCAUCUCCUGAUGAACAAGCACUAUUAAAGGGGUGUAGGUCUCUAGGCUAUACUUUCCAUACAAGAACACCUAAAUCAGUUUUAAUUUCUGCUUUAAAUAUUGAAAAAGAAUAUAAAAUAUUAAAUGUAAUUGAAUUUUCCAGUGCAAGAAAAAGAAUGUCUGUUAUAGUACGGUGUCCAUCCAAUAAAAUUCUCUUAUAUUGCAAAGGAGCUGAUUCUGUCAUUUUCGAACGUCUCUCUGAAGAAGGUGAAAAAUAUAAAAAAGAUACAUUAGCACAUCUUAAUGAGUUUGCAAACUCCGGUUUUCGUACUUUGUGUUUUGCUUACACUGAAAUAUCAGAAAGUUUUUACGCUACAUGGAAUGAAGAAUUUAUAAAAGCAUCUAAUGUGGUUAAUGGUCGGGAUGAUGCUAUUGAUAAAGUUGCACAAAGUAUUGAAACUAACCUUACACUUCUUGGAGCUACAGCUGUUGAAGAUAAAUUGCAAGAUAAGGUCCCUGAAACAAUAGCAUCUUUAUUGAAAGCAGGAAUAAAUGUAUGGGUUUUAACUGGAGAUAAACAAGAAACAGCUAUUAAUAUUGGUUAUUCUACAAACUUAAUUUCCCAAGACACUCCGUUAAUUUUAUUAAAUGAGCCUACUUUAGAUGAACUUAGAGAAUCAUUACGACAUCAUUUAAAUGAAGUUGCAUCUAAUGUUAAUAAACAAGAAAAUUCAUUAACAUUAGUCAUUGAUGGUCAGUCAUUAAAACAUGCAUUGUCACAUAACCUUAAAAUGGAUUUUUUGGAAUUAUGCAUGAGUUGUAAAUCUGUUAUAUGUUGCCGUGUAUCACCCAUGCAAAAAGCUGAGGUUGUAGAAUUAGUUACUAGUAAUACAAAACAAGUGACACUUGCCAUUGGUGAUGGGGCUAAUGAUGUAGCAAUGAUACAAAAAGCUCAUGUUGGUGUUGGAAUAUCUGGUGUAGAAGGUUUGCAAGCAGCUUGUGCAUCUGAUUAUUCAAUAGCUCAAUUCAAAUUCCUAUUAAAAUUACUUUUGGUUCAUGGCGCUUGGAACUAUAAUAGAAUGUCAAAAUUAAUUUUGUACAGUUUUUAUAAAAAUAUUUGUCUCUACAUCAUGGAAUUGUGGUUUGCAAUUUAUUCAGGAUGGUCUGGACAAAUUAUUUUUGAAAGAUGGACAAUAGGACUGUACAAUGUAUUAUUUACUGCUGCUCCUCCAUUAGUAAUUGGCAUAUUUGAUAUAGUAUGUACUGCCAAAACUAGAAUGGAAUAUCCUGAAAUAUAUUCACAGACAGCUGAUACAUUUGAUGUUCAAACAUUUUGGAUGUGGGUGCUAAAUGCAUUAAUCCACUCAUUCUUGUUAUUUUGGUUAUGUUUGUUUUCCUUGGAAAAUGAAGUAGUGUGGUCUAAUGGAAAAGAAGGAGGAUAUUUAGUCUUAGGCACCUUCAUAUAUACAUAUGUUGUGGUUGUUGUAAGUCUUAAAGCAGGUCUGCAUAUUAAGUCAUGGUCUUACAUUGUACAUGCUGCUAUAUGGGGUUCUAUUGUUGCUUGGUUUGUGUUUAUAAUAAUAUAUAGUCAUUUCUGGCCUAUUUUCCCGGUUGGUGCUGUCUUUUAUGGUAUAGAUACAAUGGUAUUUCGUUCACCAGUAUUCUGGUUAUUACUUAUUUUUUCUACGUGUAUUGUCUUAGGAAUUGACUUGGCAGCAAUAACGCUUAAGUUGAAUUUUAGUAAAAAUCUUGUUCAGACCUUAAGAGCAAAUGAACUAAAUAAUUCAAACUUAAACAGUAUUAAUCAAAGACAUAGAAUAAACGAAAAGUCACGUCUUCUUACAAAUGUAAAAAAUGUUUUCCAUUUCAAAUCUCGAUUACAAUCGAACAAUGAUGUUGAAAUGAACCAUGGUUUUGCUUUUUCUCAAGAAGAAGGAGGUGUCGUCAGCCAAUUGAACAUGAUUCGUGUGUACAAUACUCGCUUACCAAUCCCCGAAGAAGUAUAAAUAUCUCUGAUAAUUACUGUUAACUUUAAUUUUAAUUUUCAUGAAGCACCUCAUCUAAUUAAAGUUAUUAAGUAGUUCUAAUUAUUUAAUAUUUAACAUACUGCUAUUGUUAUUUUGUAAUUGGAUUUGUAUAAAUUAUUAACAUUUUAUUUAUAUUAUUCAUUUAUUGUACAUAAUUUACAUUAUUAUAUAAUAUUAUAUUUUAUUAUUUAUUUAUAACAGAUCCAAUUCUAGAGAUGAUCUAACAUCUGUAGAUACUCAUCAUAUAUAUUUUAUUAUUUUUGUUGUUAUUAUUAUUGUUUUGUUUUUAUAAUUACAUUUGUACAUCUGUGAUAAGAUUAUUACAAAUAUAUUUGAUAAUAUAUUUAUGAAACACUUAUAGUUUUAAAAUAUUAAUAGAUAAACUAAUAAAUUUUUUUAUUUUGGUGUAUUUCUAAUUCAGAAAUUAGAUGUUUCUUAAUAUUUAUUUGUUUUUGUGUGAUUAAAUGAUUUAUUAGUGAUGUGUAAUAAUUAUUAGUGAUGUAACAAACUAUUUAAAAUUCAAAGAAAAUUAUGAAACAGACAGAUAUAAUGUUUUAUUUCUUAACGUAUUCAUUAAAAUUUAAUUUUAAUUUUAAUGCAUGAUUAAUUUAUAAGAUAUAGAAUCUAAGAGGAAAACAGCUUCUUUUGUCUUUUUCUCCUUAUUAACGCAAUAGUUGUAUUAGAAGGGUGUUAUUAAAAUUAAAAUUAGUAUAAUUUUAAUUUAUUAAAAAAAUGCAUUUUAAAUAUUUUUCUUCAGACUACCAGAUUUCCUAUAGAGUUCUUGAAAAUAAUUACUAUAUUAUUCAUUACAUUGAAUAUGAAAAAAAAUUUGUAUUUUAAAUGUUGGUUCAAAUUUGGAAGUAAUUUUUUGUCAAAUUUUUUUUAAAACUUUGAUAAUGUUUAUAAUUGCAUAUGCAUUAUUUCUUAAAUCAUAUGUUUGAGUUUGUUGCAUCACUAGUAUUCUAAUUUUUUUUUAGUGUUUUAUUCUUUAUUGUACCAAGUUUGUACUGUUUAAAGAAAAAUCUCGUAUAGAAAUAAUAAAUUAAAUUAAAAUUCAGUAUGGAAGUAUUGCAAACCUAGUAAUAUAACUGAACCUAAACAAUUACAUGGUGUGUUUUGUUAAGUUUCCGAAAAUUAAGUGAUGUAUUUAGAUCAUUUUAACAAUAAUGAUAGUUUAAAAAUUUCCUUUUACAAUUUAUACUACUUAAUAUAUUUUUUGAUUACUAAUUAAUAAGUUAAUAUUUAUAAUUUAACAUAUUGCCUUUUAAUACAUUAUAAAGACUUAAAAACUAAAAAAAAUAAAUAGAUGGGAUUGACUAAUUUUGAUACUAGUAAGAAAUAUACUAUUUAUACCUAAAUAUCUGUUAAGUUGAAUAAAUAACUUGUUUAUUAUGUUUAAUUUUGAGGCAAUAAUUUUUACCCAUAUAAUGUACUAUAAACAAGUUCCGAUUUUGGCGGAAGAAAGUCUCAUGGCCCCUGGGAUUUUUCAGAUUUUCUUUGUUUAUACGUAAAAUAAAAUAUAAAAAUAAAUUGACGCCUUUGAUGUGUCUCAUUCAAUUUAAGACGUCGGGUUUCACAAUUCCUUAAUUCGGGUUUGACAAUAAAGCAAUUUUAAAUAAAUUUUGUAUCAGUUUAUGAAUGAUAAGAAUAAUUUGUUUAUUCAACAAUUUUUUGUUUAUACUCUCUUAAUAAAAGUAUAGAAAACAAUUAUUAAAAGUAAAAUCAUAUAUUAUUAAACUUUAAUGUAUUAAUAUAAUAAAUUAAGUUAUGAUUUUUAUUAUGAAAAUCAUAAACAUACUUAAAACUUAGAUAUUUUAGACCAAGAACUUGUUAGGGUGUUGGACAUUUGUUAAAUAUUCUAGUAGCUACUUAUAAUUUUAUCAUUUACCUGUAAUUUGUAUUAUAGAAUAAACUUUUUAAAAA